AUGGUCGUUUUUUGUUUUCUUCGGACACGCUUUUGGCCAGGGCCCACUGCGUCACUGAACUCACGAGACAGGUCAUUCUGUCCCAAAUCUGCGACAGACUCCUGCUCGCUCCUGCUCGCUCCCAGCGUUUGGCUCGCGUGUGAAGCACCAUCGGCGCAGCCUCGCGCCUCGCGCCUCGUCAUGGACAGGUCCGAAGCGGAUGAUGCCUCAGAGGUCGAAGAGCGCAAGACGGACCCGGCGGAAAUCAUUCGCGCGGAGACGGAUUGGAUCAACGACAUCGAGGAUGAGAUGGGCAGUGACGUCGCCGAGAAGAACAAAGCACUUGAGGUCUUCAAUGAGAGUCAUGCCUUUGGUGAGUCGAUGGGUCUUUUGCAGUUGUCUCAACCGGAAAUCGUUGUUCUACGAAAAUCCUUUGAAUUGUUGACGGCUGCUCUUGGAACCGACAAGGAGAUGGUAGGUGAUGCUAUCUAUGGGGUUCUUCUUGGAGCCCUGGUGGCCAUCAAGGACAAAUUCUCGACACCACGCUCUGUCAUGUCCAUGCGCAUGUACAAUAGCUUUCGAUGGAUGGUGGACAAGUGUGAUGAUCAAGAGCUCUUGAAGAGUUAUGUCGAGGGCUUGGCCUUCAAACAUUUGGGCAUCGACGUCACGGAAGCUCGUGUGGACUCCUUCAAGGAUGCCUUCUCCGAACUACUUCAGCAGAAUGUGCCCGAAGCCCCACCCGGCAGUGUGGCUGCAUGGCGUCAACUUCUAAGCUACACGGGGUCCUCCUACAGUUUUGUCAGUGCCAGCUAUGGAGAACGGCUUCGUGUGAUUCAUGAGGAUUGGAAUUCAGUUCAGACCAAUGCAGAGGACGAGGAUGAGACCGUUGUACGAAGCUUCCCCAAGAUGUGUGCCUUCAGCAAUGAAGUCAUGGGACAAGAGACGGAGGCUUGGAUGGAAGAGCUCCUACAAGUUUUUGAAGUCUUAGUGGAGAAGAUUUCCAGCCCCUCAUUGUUGCAAGAAGAGUGCGAACUGUUGGCAAUCAGCAUGAUCACCAAGUCCAAAGAUAUCGAUUUUGAGAGGUUUAAGCCUGUGAUGAUGGCUGCCCUCCGGUCUUUGCUCCCUAAGACCUGGAGCACAGCCCAUGAGACAGCUUGGGAAUGGUUAUGGGCCACGAUCUCCCAGAAUCUCCAGGAGGCAACCAUGAAAGCUCGAGCUUUCAAACCUUACAACGCACAUCUCUUCUCGGUCUUAGGGGAAGAGCAGUUGGAGCACUUCCGGAAUACCAUCUACGUUGAUUUCUUUUCCAAGUGCGCUGCCUCUCAAGACCUCUUCAAACAAUCUCAAACGCGCUUGCGGUAUAUUGCCGAUCGAGUCUUGCAGAGCUCCUACGACAUGUUCCACAAGCCCAAGGACGAAAUGGUGGACGACUUAUCGGCUUUGGGUCUUCGUCAUGUGGGUUACGGGGUUCCCAUCGAGCUCUUCGGGCCUUUCACCGACUCCUGCGUGGAGGUGAUGAAGCCCUUGAUCGAAGCCUUGCCUACAGGUGAGUCCAGCAAGAUGAUUCUUUGCCCCGCCGACCGAGCACAUGAGCUGCCCGAGUGCGAGCUCUCGAAGCAUUUGACCUUGGAAGGCUUCCGCUGGUCCAUCGGCUUGGUGAGCCGCGUUUUGGUGAGGACCAUCAUCGAGGGCUCCACCGCUGUGAUGCAGGCCAUCCAUCAGGAUGAUUCGAAGCGAUUGCGGCGAGCUUUGCGCGAAGCACCACGGAGUGAACGCUUCACUUGGCAGCUGAGCAUUCGCGUUGGGAGCCAAUCCAUCUCGCCACUCUAUUGGGCACUGAGGAGUGGUGCACACAGCGUGGCCAAGACAGUGAUUCAAGAUGUGCUCACCAUCCGAGCAGACCGAGACCGUUAUUACUAUGGCGUGAAUGACCUAUUCCGACUUCAGCCUGACGUAGUGGAGAACAUUUUGCGUGAAGCACCCCACUUGGCCGAGAUCCUCUUGGAUGGUCUCAUUUGGCGUUCUCAUAAGACGCAGGAUGGCUGGCGCCCAGUGAUCUACUACCUCGAACAUAUGUUACAAGAUAUGGAUGAGAACAAGAUGAUCUCAAGGGCUUUGAAGAGCUUGGUGAGAUUCAACCAUCCCAAGACCAUUAUGCACCCCAUCUUGACCUUCACGCUCGACCUCCUUUGGGACAAAUUGGCCAUGCGUUUUUUUGUCUCAGACAGGAUACUAACACUCAUCAACUUUUUGAUUUUUCUCUUAUCGGGAUGCUACCUCAAUCAACUGGAGAUGGAAGAUGCCAGAGCUUCGGCGGUGAUUCUGGCCUGUGCCAGGAUUUGCAUGAUUGUCUUUGAGCCGAUGAUUCGAUGCUUGGGCUCGGAAGAGGUCAUUGCCUUUAAGUGCACUGACUUGACAGGUGAUAUUCUAUUCGCCUACGAAGUCUUUGUAAUUGUGGGGAUCUUCAUCUACACCAUUUUGGUCUUGGAAGUUGGUAGCAUUUCCAUCAAGCUCUCGGAGUAUCGGGUCCUUUGCCUACACGCAAUUGAGCAAGUGGUGCUGUGUGUUGGAGCAGUAUUCAUUGCAGUUUGCACCUUCUCCUUUGCAAUGGCAGCAGCAACACAUGAGGUAGGACAACUCUCAGCUCAUGAGUGGAGCAACAUGGGGUCAACCAUGGGCACCUUGGUUCAGAUGUGUGCCGGUGUGAUGGAUCUACAAGUCCUUCAUAGCCUUGGCGAUGAGAGUCCUUUCCUCCUGAUCCUUGUGGUGGUCUUCAUGUUGCUGGUGUACAGUUUUCUCUUCAACUUGCUGGUCUCCCAGUUCUGUGGCGUCUACAGCUCGCUGGCGGCCGACAUCAAGGGAUACGCGCGAUUGGCGCGUGGAAAGAUCAUCCUGGAUACCUUGAAGGAUAUCCAACCAAAGCGAUGGAAAGGCUUCAUUGGUGCUUUGGCAUUGGAUCGUCGGGUGGACUUCGAAGAAGGGGAUUUGGGCUUGGCGGGCGGCAUCAAGACCAUGGAAGCCGCAUUGGAGCACCCGGUGCCUAAAGAGCAAAUCUUGCGCUUCGGUGGAAGACCAGAUCCCUCCUUGCCCUGGCCGGAGAAGAAAGGACACGAGGACGAAAGUGGAGUUGCACUUUGGCAACUUUAGUGAACUUUAUUGCUGCCAGUUGCAGCGUGGUGUGUCCUAUGCAUGGUGUGUCUAAUGGUUUGUUUGUCUUGUAUGGUUCAACUCCAUUUACCACUCUCCACUCUCGUUUGCUGCAUGUUGGAAGAGAUUACGACCUGUUGUGACCCGGAAACAAGGAACGGACGAUCCAGAGAACAAUCCAGAAGUCCUUGCAGAAGAUGUUGGGCAAGAAAUUGGGGGGCGACUUUGAUUCGACUGAUAAAAGCAGUAGUUACCAGAGCAGCAGCCAUAUAAGUUCCGAGUAAGUUGGGUCGAACAAGCGAUAUGCACC